AGGCUUUCUACAAGCGUGCGCUUGGAAGGAGAACUUGGGACCUUCCUGGGAACCCCCCGCCCCGGCUGGAUUGGCCGAGCAAGCCUGGAAAAUGGUAAAUGAUCAUUUGGAUCAAUUACAGGCUUUUAGCUGGCUUGUCUGUCAUAAUUCAUGAUUCGGGGCUGGGAAAAGGACCAACAGCCUACGUGCCAAAAAAGGGGCAGAGUUUGAUGGAGUUGGGUGGACUUUUCUAUGCCAUUUGCCUCCACACCUAGAGGAUAAGCACUUUCACAGGCAUUCGGUGCAGGGGAGAUCAUGUUUGACUGUAUGGAUGUUCUGUCAGUGAGUCCUGGGCAAAUCCUGGAUUUCUACACGGCGAGUCCGUCUUCCUGUAUGCUCCAGGAGAAAGCUUUGAAAGCAUGCUUCAGUGGAUUGACCCAAACCGAGUGGCAGCAUCGGCACACUGCUCAAUCCAUCGAAACCCAGAGCACCAGCUCUGAGGAACUCGUGCCGAGCCCCCCGUCUCCACUGCCUCCCCCUCGCGUGUACAAGCCCUGCUUCGUCUGCCAGGACAAGUCUUCGGGGUACCACUAUGGGGUCAGCGCCUGUGAGGGCUGUAAGGGGUUUUUCCGCAGAAGUAUUCAGAAGAACAUGAUUUACACUUGUCACCGAGAUAAGAACUGUGUUAUUAAUAAAGUCACCAGGAAUCGAUGCCAGUACUGUCGGCUCCAGAAGUGCUUUGAAGUGGGAAUGUCCAAAGAAUCUGUCAGGAAUGACAGGAACAAGAAGAAGAAGGAGCCUUCAAAGCAGGAAUGCACAGAAAGCUAUGAAAUGACAGCCGAGCUGGACGAUCUCACAGAGAAGAUCCGCAAGGCUCACCAGGAAACCUUCCCCUCGCUCUGCCAGCUGGGCAAAUACACCACGAAUUCCAGUGCUGACCAUCGCGUCCGGCUGGACCUGGGCCUCUGGGACAAAUUCAGCGAGCUGGCCACCAAGUGCAUUAUUAAGAUUGUGGAGUUUGCUAAGCGUCUGCCCGGCUUCACUGGCUUGACCAUCGCAGACCAAAUCACCCUGCUCAAGGCCGCCUGCCUGGACAUCCUGAUUCUGAGAAUUUGCACCAGGUACACCCCAGAGCAAGACACUAUGACUUUCUCAGAUGGCCUUACCUUAAACCGAACUCAGAUGCACAAUGCUGGAUUUGGGCCUCUCACUGACCUCGUGUUCACCUUUGCCAACCAGCUCCUGCCUUUGGAAAUGGAUGACACAGAAACAGGCCUUCUCAGUGCCAUCUGCCUCAUCUGUGGAGACCGCCAGGACCUUGAAGAACCAACAAAAGUAGAUAAGCUACAAGAACCGCUGCUGGAAGCACUAAAAAUUUAUAUCAGAAAAAGACGACCCAGCAAGCCUCACAUGUUCCCAAAGAUCUUAAUGAAAAUCACGGAUCUCCGCAGCAUCAGUGCUAAAGGUGCAGAACGUGUAAUUACCUUGAAAAUGGAGAUUCCUGGAUCAAUGCCACCGCUCAUUCAGGAAAUGCUGGAGAAUUCGGAAGGACAUGAACCCUUGACCCCAAGUUCAAGUGGGAACACAGCAGAGCACAGUCCCAGCAUCUCACCCAGCUCAGUGGAAAACAGCGGGGUCAGUCAGUCACCACUGGUGCAAUAAGACAUUUUCCAGCUACUUCACACAUUCCCCAGAACCUUCAAUUCCAGGAUUUAAAAUGCAAGAAAAAACAUUUUUACUGCUGCUUAGUUUUUGGACUGAAAAUAUAUUAAAACUCGAGAAGGACCAAGAAGUUUUCAUAUGUAUCAAUAUAUAUCUUCCUCACUGUGUAACUUACUUAGAAAUACAGACUCUUCAAGUUCUAAAAUAUCAGCCAUUUCAUGCAACCAGAAACUAGUUAAAAGCUUCUAUUUUCCUCUUUGAACACUCAAGAAUGCAUGGCAAAGAUCCAGUCAAAAUGAUUUACCCAGUUAAGUUUCUGAAGACUUUGUACAUACAGAAAUGUUCUUUCUAUACUGUAUGUUUGGUGCUUUCCUUUUGUCUUGCAUACGCAAAAUAACCAAGACACCAAGGUUAUGAAACAGACUACUGUACAUGUCCACCUAAGAAAGUUUAAAAAGUUACUUGUCUGGCUUUCAUGGAAUAAUCAAGACAUCAAGGUAAGGAAACAGGACUGCUGUACAGUAUGACAACUGAAGACUAAUGGUAUUCUGAUUUAGUUAGUAUGGGAGCUUGUCCUUGCUCUUUUUGAUGCUCUCGGAUUGCAUCUUUUAUUUCAUGUUGCCCAGUAAAAGUAUACAAAUUGACUGCACUAGCAGAAGAGAAUUCUGUAUCGGUGUAACUGCCAGUUCAGUUAAUCAAACGUCAUUUGUUCAAUUGUUAUUGUCACUUUAAAUUAAAAGAAGUGGUUUAUUUCUUGUUUAAUGACAUAACUACAUGGUUUAAAAAAAAAAACACUACAUUUUUACAGUAAUGAUAGCCUCCAAGGCAAAAACACUUUUCAGUGUUAAUAAGUUUUUGUUUACCUGUUCACAAGCCAUUAGGGAAAUUUCAUGGGAUUAGUAGGCUGGUCUACCACCUGGACCAUGUAACUCUAGUGUCCUUCCUGGUUCAUGCCCAAUACUGGGAUUUUUCUCCAGCCUUCUUGAUGCCAAGGGGUUCACAUUAACUCCCAAAGGCAUGGGCAUAGAAUCUGCCGCCUCUGACCUUGUUCAAUCACUAUGAAGCAGAGUGAAAGCUGUGGUAGAGUGGUUAACAGAUACAAGUGUCAGUUUCUUAGUUCUCAUUUAAGCACUAGUGGAUUUUUUUUUUUUUUUGAUAUAUUAGCAAGUCUGUGAUGUACUUUCACUGGCUCUGUUUGUACAUUGAGAUUGUUUAACGAUGCUUUCUAUGUUCAUAUACUGUUUACCUUUUUCCAUGGAGUCUCCUGGCAAAGAA